AACCCGAGUUUAGUACUCGGGGGCACCUACUCGGGCCAGGUCGUUUUGUGGGACGUCCGGUCGCCGUCGACCUUACCGACGAUGCGGUCGCCGCUCGACGCCGCCGCGCCGCACGGCCGGCCCGUCGCCAAGCUCCGCGCGCGCGGCGACGCCGUGCUGACCGUGUCCGCCGACGGCGCCGUCUGCUACUGGUCGUCGUCCCAGCUCCAGCGGCCC